AUGGCGAAUCAGCCGACGUCCCCUUCAGGGUCUCUUCCUCAGCAAGGCGCUGUAUCCUCGGCCUGGAAUCACGUCUCCCUGAAACCAAGCUUGCCCACAAGAGGCUUUGACAACCACAAGGGACAAAACCUUUGCUACCGGAAUGCAGCUCUCACGCUGAUUCUCCACACACCACAGUUUCUGAGCUGGUGCGAGAAAUACCGCGCGCAGGCCCCGAGUGGUUCAGUCCCAGACGUAGUUCGCAAAUUUUACGACAUGAUCAAAGCCUACUGGCAAUGUCCCAACGGACAUCAGCUGGCUAUGGAGACCUUGUGGAGAGAACUUCAGAAUCGAAAGCACCGCAAUCAUCGCUGGCAAACAACCCUAGGCCAGCAGCAUGACACGCUCGAGAUGAUGGAUAGCAUCAUCUCACUCCUGGAAAGCCAAACUGGAAGUAAUCACGACCUCAUGGAUUUGAUGACUGUCGAUCUGAGCCAGUACCGAGUUUGCAAGACUUGCAAGCAGAAAGACUCAUCGCCUGGGGAUAGGGUACGGUUCCUCUAUGCAGAUCUUCCAGGCUCAAAAAAGGCUACUCCCAUAGAGGACGCCAUCAUUAGUGGCAUGAAGUCGGAGACUCUUUCGAAUUGCAAGACAUGCGCCAAUAACCAGAUUCCUCACGAGAUUCAGAGACAGAUACUACUUCCUUCGGAAAUUCUUGUCGUUCAGGUCAAUCGAUACAAAAAGUCAGGAAAACUGAAAGACGAAAUCGAAGUUCAGGAUGAGUUAGUCAUUCCAGAUUCCCUUCUAGAUGACGGUCUCAAGGGACAAGGCAAGAUCUGUUACGAGCUCUAUGCGGUCAUCUUUCAUAUCGGCGAUGUCAGUACAAGCGGACACUAUACUGCGGCCGUCAAGGGUCCCUCCGGUCAAUGGGUGAUGACCAACGACAGACGCGUGGCAUUUACUCAGACCCUGGAUCAGAGUAUGAGCUCGCCAGACGGUGGAAAGGAGAAUGCUUACAUACUUGCGUAUCGGCGAUUGGAAUCCCAGGGCAAUUCAGCUGACUCCAAUACAGGUUCAUCGGCCGCUGCCAGCUCCUCCAGUCCCAAAGCAUCAAGCUCAGGAAAAGGCUCUGCCAAGGGAGGUGUACAAAUGAAAGGGACCAUUGAGCUGGAAGGGAGACCCAUCCAAUGGACGAUCGACCAGCAGCUGGUCCUGGACCCAGGUAAAGGUGCCCUUGUGGCACUGGGGCCCAGAGCGAGAACGCAGCGUGCUACUCUGCAGCUGACGUUCACUUCAGAAGAUACCGGCGAAAUUCUCGAGGGACAAGUGACCAUGUCGCUUAAGCCACGGAUAGUGCAGAAGCCUAAAGGAGCGCCUUCAAAAACAACAGACACCAAAGAUUCCAACGCUGGUACCAAGAAAGCAACAGACACAGUACCCGAGUCCCAAGACCUCAACGAUGGGAUUGACCAUCCCACUAUACGCCCUCAACGACACACUUCCACAAGCCACUCAUCUUUCUCUUCCCUCCCCGAGGCUCAAUUAUCUCAGGUCAAGCCAGUUAUGCUGACCUUGCACUGUUUCUUCCCAAAUGAGCUCCUCCUGGCCCUGGAUAUCCUGGACCGGGGACUGGUCAGACGAUUCACGCGGGAUGACCACGUCGGGCAAGCAUCUGCAUGCUCACAGCCUGAAGAAACCGACCCCAGCAACACAGGAAGAUCGCAAGAAGACAUGUUCUAUGUCAUAUCCACGUCUGCGGCUGUGCUGACCUCUCCAUCCCGGGCUCCCCGGACACGCAUAGAGCAAAAGGGCUACGAAGUCCGCCUGCACGCCUGGAACUGCACAUGUCCCACCUUUACGCUCAAUGCGUUCCGCGAUCCGGGGCCGGACCACUCAUCUCAGUAUGAUGGAGAAGACGAAGACGAGGCCUGGGCUGAACAGUCUACCGUCGGCGACCUGGCCUGCCGCUAUGUUUUUGGCGGCUCGUUGACCCGUGGAGCCAGCCGACUGGCACCCCCGGUCUGUAAACAUCUCCUCGCUUGCUUGCUGAUGGUGCGCUGUCCCGGGAUCUUCAGUAGCGGCAGCCCAGAUCGAUCUGGUCGUGUCGUUCUGACUUGUGAUGAAUUGGCGGCGUGUUGUGCGGGCUGGGGGGGAUGA